AUGUCAUUCAACCACCUAUCUUUUAUGGAGUCGCAGCCAACAAACCUGCGGCGACACGAUGAUCCGCUAUAUACUGACGAUCCUGAAUUCCAGAAGUUGUCGCAAGAACUAAUGUCAAAACUGUUUACCCUAACUGGAAAUAUCGCGAGACUCAGUAAUGAAAUAGCCUUGCUUGGAACCAAGCGAGAUACAGAACGCGUACGCGAGGCAGUGCAUAACCUCCUUGAGAAAUCUACGGAAGAUUUUAAAGAGGUCGGGGAAGGUGUCAAGAAAAUACAAUCAUGGGAAGACUUGAGCCCAUCUCAAAAAUACACACAACAAAAAGUAGCAAGAGAAUUCCAAAACAAUCUUUCAGAAUUUCAAUCAGUUCAGCGUCAAGCACUUGAGAAACAGCGCACUCAGGCCUCUGUUGCUCGCACAGCGUUAGAACAGCAAUCUCUUACAGAGAAUUCUGAGACACUAGAUAGACAAGACCAGCAACAACAAAAUGAAUUAUUACAACAGCCGAGAGAGGAACUACGAUUGGCUUCGCAGGACGAAGUUGAUUUUCAAGAUUCACUCAUAGUGGAACGUGAGACGGAGAUACGAAAUAUUGAACAAGGAGUUGCCGAGUUAAAUGAACUCUUUCGCGAUGUGGCACUUAUUGUUAAUGAGCAAGGAGAUAUGCUAGACACUAUUCAUGACAAUGUUGAAAACGCGCGGACUGACACACGGGGAGCUGAUCUUGAAUUAAGAAGUGCAGCCAGAUACCAAAAGCGGGCUCGCUCCAAAGCAUGCUGUUUACUUUUGAUACUUUCAGUUAUUCUCACAGUCAUAAUACUGGCGGCAACACUAGGAUGA